UGAGGACCCUGCUGGCACGCCCGCCAUCCCUUGGACGCAGACCCUUCUAGCAGAUUACAUCCAUGGGUUCCCGGGAGACACCUUCUUCCUGCUCUAAGACCCAUGAAACCUUGAACCUGGAGACUCCGGAGAGCUCUAGCACUGACCCUGACAGUCCCCUGGAAGAGCAAUGGCCGAAAUCUUCCCCAGAUCUGAAAGAGGAAGACAGCGUGGAUAUGGUACUGGAAGACUCCAAGGAGCCUCUAACCCCUUCCUCACCGCCGACAGGCAGAGAGGUCAUCAGGUACGAAGUCAACGUGAACCAGCGGAACAUCGAAGACAUCUGCCUCUGUUGCGGAUCUCUCCAGGUGUACGCUCAGCACCCCUUGUUUGAGGGGGGAAUUUGUGCCCCGUGUAAGGACAAGUUCCUGGAGACCCUCUUCCUAUACGACGAGGAUGGACACCAGAGCUACUGUACCAUCUGCUGCUCCGGGCAUACCCUGUUCAUCUGCGAGAGCCCCGACUGUACCAGAUGCUACUGUUUCGAGUGUGUGGAUAUCCUGGUGGGCCCCGGGACCUCGGAGCGCAUCAAUGCCAUGGCCUGCUGGGUUUGCUUCCUGUGCCUGCCUUUCUCCCGGAGCGGACUGCUGCAGAGGCGCAAGAAGUGGCGUCACCAGCUGAAGGCCUUCCAUGACCGAGAGGGGGCAAGCCCUGUGGAGAUAUACAAGACUGUGUCUGCAUGGAAAAGACAGCCAGUGAGGGUGCUGAGUCUUUUUGGGAAUAUUGAUAAAGAACUAAAGAGUUUGGGCUUUUUGGAAAGCAGUUCUGGUUCUGAGGGAGGAACGCUGAAGUACGUGGAAGAUGUCACCAAUGUCGUGAGGAGAGAAGUGGAGAAAUGGGGUCCCUUUGACUUGGUGUAUGGCUCAACCCAGCCCCUAGGCUAUUCUUGUGACCGCUGUCCUGGCUGGUACAUGUUCCAGUUCCACCGGAUCCUGCAGUAUGCCCGGCCUCGCCAAGACAGCCAGCAGCCCUUCUUCUGGAUAUUUGUGGACAAUCUGCUGCUGACUGAAGAUGACCAAGAGACAACUGUCCGCUUCCUUCAGACAGAGGCUGUGACCCUCCAGGAUGUCCGCGGCAGAGUCCUCCAGAAUGCUAUGAGGGUGUGGAGCAACAUUCCAGGGCUGAAGAGCAAGCACGCGGACCUGACCCCUAAGGAAGAGCAGUCUCUGCAAACCCAAGUCAGAACCAGAAGCAAGCUGGCCGCCCAGAAAGUUGACUCCCUAGUGAAGUACUGCCUUCUCCCCCUGAGAGAGUACUUCAAGUAUUUUUCUCAGAACUCACUUCCUCUUUAGAAAUGAAUCACCGUACGACGAAGAGUCUUCCCUAGAACCGUGGCAGCCUUCUUCCUGUGGCCUUUUCCCUCUGCAGAGUUCCCUCCCGUUUGCUUGCUGGGCUUUGGGAUUCUCUCCUGUUUGAGGCAUCCAUCUGAGAUGCGAAUGCCUCUGGGCAGCUCACUGUGGGGGUCCGGAGGCGCCCAACGCUCUGGACAAGAUCCCGAUGGGGUAACCGGCCAUGCUUCUUCCGAACAAAACUGUGUGUACCUGUUGUGAAGUUUUUCAAAUAUAUCAUAGAAUUGUUA